CUUGUUUCAUAUAUUACACUCUUGCAUGUGAAUAUAGCAGCUUGUAGGGUACAGUAGACAAAGAUGUUUUGAACUGGACUAUAACUACCAAGAUUCCGAUCGACGGAUUAUUUCGGCACUUCCGGGUUGCAGUAGCUUGAGCUCCCCGCCUUUUGGGUCAGCAGCUGUUCCCACGAAUGUCGCCUUCACAAUAAUAUCACCGACAUUUUUUAAUUUGACGCCGUAUAACGUGUUUGACUUUUCCUAAACAUGUAGCUAGCUCCUCACUAUUGCGCUCUUUAUAUCAACCAACAGACCGUCAUGUUGCUACCGUCUGAUGUUGCUCGGCUCGUUUUGGGGUAUCUCCAGGAAGAGGGACUGUCCGCUACAAGCCAAACUUUCAUCCAUGAGAGCCCAAACUUGAAGGAGUAUGCCGAGCACACCACAGGAGAUGGGACUAUUCCCGCUUGUGUAUUUUCUAUCUUUGGGAAGAGCCUAACAACCAUCUUAAAUGAGUAUGUGGCUGUCAAAACAAAGGAGUCUUGUCAUGAGGUACCUGCAGUGAUGACAUCUUUGUGGAAAAAGCUGGAUUUUACACUCAACCAGAUCAAAUCAUUGCAGAAUUCACCGGCUAUAUCAGCAUGCCAGAGAGUGCGUUCACGCAUUGGAGUGGCAAACAUGGCUAGACAGCGGGGCUUGACUCUGGCUUCAGCUGGCAGUGUCGUCUGCUCCUCGGUUUCUGAAACAAGCUCCAUCAUCAGCCCUGCACAUACCUCCCACGGCGUGCUCGGCCAGUCCACUCCUUUGAGCUUCACUUCUCUGCAUACCAGAGCAGCUCAGAAUAGUGGUGUGCACCAGCAAAUCCUUGAUGGCAACCGAUCACUGAAUAUGCCCAGGGAUUCGUCUGUACAGAUAAUUGUUUCAGAGCAGCGGUUAAAUCCAGGCCCCAUGUCUCCUGGGCGACGGAAAUGGGACACCCCCAGGAAGAGAAGUGGUGCUCCCAGUGGGUCCACUGGCCCCAGCAAGCCUGUAAGUAGCCUCAGUGCAGAGCCCCAAACUGAGGAGGUCGUCGAUGAGAACUUCCCUCAACUUGUGAUACAGAAUGCUUGUGACAAGAUAUUGGGGGACAGAUCGUUACAAGAAAAGCUUGCUGAAAACAUCAACAAAAUCCUUGCCAAUGAGACAACACCCCAGACAUCAAAGGCGUCUUCAAGUACAGUGGAGGCAGACCAGUCUAUAGAUGAAAUCCUAGGAUUACAGGGCGAAAUCCAUAUGAGUAAUGAUGCCAUCCAUGACAUUUUGGAACAAACGGAGUCUGACCCAGCUUUUCAGGCCCUCUUUGACCUCUUCGAUUACAAUAAAACCAAGUUCACUGAUGGAGAACCGGGAGAUGGCGAUGUUAGUAGUUGUCCAGAAGAGAUUGACACAGCUGGAUCUUCUAUAGUCAAACCCUUUCAGACGGAUGAUCCAGGCACUACACACACAGAUGCUGAUGCUUCAGAUACAACUCAAAUGACAGUGAAAAUGAGAGCUGGACAAGAUCGAAAGACCAGGAAGUCUACUUCUUCUACCUUGUUAAAGAAAACAUGUCUUGCCCCUAGCAGCAGAGCAUCCAGAAUUGAAAACAGUACAGCUAAACUGUUAGUGAGUCACGGGGAUCCUCAAGGAGUCUCAUUUGCUGCAGUGGACUCUAACAAAAAAGAAAAAGCAUCCCUCUUCAGUAACAGUGUUGGUGUAACAACAAUGGAUAUUGAUGAACCACUCAAUACACCUCCCCCUCCUUUGGACAGUGUUCCUACUCAGGAGCUUGCCACAAAGGACAGCACAUCCACCACAACUGCCCUCAGUAAUUCAGCCACAAUUCCCUCAUCAAGAGCCUGUGCUACAUUUACUGCAACAGUAUGCACAUCAGCUUCUAUUGUGGACAAAAAACAGGAGCCUAAACAAGUACAAGGAUCUAAAGAGCAACCUGCUACAACCUCCUCUUCAGAUGAUCAACCUAUGUUUUUGUCUCCUUCACAAGUUGAACUGAACAACACAUCAAUGCUGUCUGCUGACCUACCUCAUAUGUCAGUUUCAACCAGUGUAGGGGACACUCAGCCAAUGUCUACUGUCUCAGUAAUAUCUGAAGCUGCCUCUUCCACAUCAGCUUCUGGGACUACCACAGUUGCCACGGUGCCUGCCUCACCAUCAUCAGCUGAUGCUACACCUAACACACCUACAUCUGCUUCUACCUCUGCCACUCUUACAGCUGCACCAGCCUCUUCCACGCCUGCCUCACCCGUAUCCUUCUCCUCCUGUGCUCCCCUUGCAGCGCCACCUGACCCUUUGACCACCAACUCCAGUGCCCCAAGCAAGGCUGCAGUUGAUUCCAGUAAUGUAGUUUCUUUGAAGAUCAUCAUCAGUGAUAACCAGGAUGAGAAUUCUUCCAGUGACUUGGCCUUGAAUCAGGCAAUUUCCAGCAUUUCUGGGGACACGAUACCUACUAUCUAUCUUUCCUCUCCAGCUAAGUCCCCUGCAGCCCCAGGCACUCCAAAGGCCAACUUGGAUGAGGCGGCACAGGCAGUUAGUGGCUUGCAAAACUCUGAGGCACAUGCUAGUCCUCUCAAUGGUAAGGCUGGUGCAUUGGUCGCAUCUCCAUUAUCAUCUCAGGCCCAGCAAAGCUACUUCAUUCAACUACCCCUUGACACAACUAACCCUGCUCUACAAGGAGGCACUGCCAGCUAUCUUCUUUUGACUGAACCCUCAACCACAGAUGUUCAAACGAGACAGGUGCUACUGUCUACUGGUGUCUCUAAGGGACAGCCUUUGCCUACCAACCAGUAUGGGGUGACUACACCAUCUCUUUCUCAAGGCUACGCCACCGGGUCAACACUCAUCUUACCAUCACCUGUUAAGCCCAUGAUGCUUCCUGUUUCUGUAAUGGGGCAGAAUGUCCAGAUGGUGUCCAAUCAGCUUGUUGCCAUACCAAACCCAGUACCGGUACAGCACCCAGAGACUACCAAGCUCAAACCUCACACAGUGGUAAUCAAACAGUCUGCAACUGCUGGCACUGAGCAAAAUCUGGUCAGUAAGGAGAUUCAGCCUGUCUUGGCUGAAAACAUAAGCCAAGAGGAUGCAGCAAAGGGUUCCAGUCACAAGAGAAUUUUAAUUUUUGACUCUACGACAGAGGUUCACCAAGAAACCGCUAAAGCAAGAAUCACCCCACCAUCAGCUGCAAAUACACCUACAUCACGAUCUAACCAGCAGUCUGAUAGAGAUAAUAUGCAGCCGGCUCAUCGAACAAAACCUGCUAUCUUAGGUGGUAACAAGCCCAAGAGGAGGGUAGAUACUGUCAGGUGUCCAGCAGAUCCCCAGCUUGGAGGAGCCUUAGAGAAGGACACAAAGAAGGCCAUUUUUCUACAACAGCAGCAGAAAGACUGUAUUAAAAAGAACCCUCGCAAACAAGAUCAUAACAUCCAUAACAAGGAGUCUCAAAGUCCAAGUCCUAGUAGUGGUGAUGCCUCACAGCUUGAGACUUUGAAAAUGCUGGAAUUGGGAGAUAGAUCAAAAUAUAUUGACCUGAAACACAAUCAUGAUAAGGGAAAUGUUGGAGCAAAAGCUAAGGAUUCACAUACUUCUGGAUCAAUCUCCUCUGAUUCUGCACUGAAAUCAGGAAGUAGAAAGGACACAGAGGAGAGCAACAGGAAGGAACCUGCAGAAAAAGCUCCUGCCAAAUCACGUGAGGGGCGUCUAGAGAAGAGGACUCCCUCUCAGGAGAUGCCAAAUGUGACAGCUAACAAAGAGAAUGAAAUGAAAUCAUCACCUUCACCUUCAGCAUCAGCAUCAAGAGACUUUGGCUCUCCAGCUGUUGUCCAACCUACAACCAAUCCCCAGUCUAUGGCCACAAAACCCCCCUCAAAGACCAUUUCUCUGGCCAAACAGGCAGCUGAGAUGCUGCAAGACAUACAGGGGCUUAAUUCACCUGCCUCUCCCAUCAAGACGCCUGGAGCAGGCGGUUCAGACCUCAGUCUUUCCCGGACCCCUGGGACUGGCCGUAUUCAGGAGGAGUCAGCUGACUGCUCCAGGACUCCUUCCCAACAGAGGAAGGGUAAAGAUGGAGAGGGAACUCCAAAGCAUCUGCUGUUUCCCAACACUCCGGAUAUCCCCACGUGCAGUCCUGCCAGUGAAUCUGGUAGUGAAAACAGCAUUAACAUGGCUGCUCACACACUCAUGAUACUUUCACGUGCAGCCAUUGCCAGGACAGGCACUCCACUGAAGGACAGCUUGCGUCAGGAAGGAGCAGGAGAAAAGCUUCCCACAAAUUCAAAUAACGCUAAGAAACGUAAACAGUCUUCUCCCACAGCCAGCCCACCUUCAAAGAAAGAGUCAAAACGAUCUCCAAGCAAAAUGAAAGGCCGGGAAAGGAAGAAACUUGUAGAUUACUUUCCCCAUGACUUGGAUGUGGAUAAGUUCCUGUCUUCUCUUCAUUAUGAUGAGUGAAACGAACACGGCAACAACAGGGAAGGACUACCAUACUGCUUAGGUUACUGUCCAGGAAUAGAACAAGCCAUCUGCUAGACCAGUGCCUAUGGUUCCUGGAGUAACCUUACCUGAGACCUUUUAAGCUGCAAUGACUCCUUCAGCCAGUGGGGACAUUGGAUUUGGCUGAGUAGUUUCCAGAAUGGAUGAUCUGUACAAAGUCCUGUUAUAUUCGGCAGCACCAGGGCAGCCAUGGCACUUUGUAUUUUAUUUUAUUUUUUUAAUUGUCAUUUUCUCUUUUAUUUUAAUUGUCAUUGUUUUUUUGGGCACUUUGCCAUAAUGGUUGCAUGUUAAAAUAAGUGACUCAAAGCAUUUUCUUGGUCAAUAUUUGACUCUAGUUGGCAGUAGUGCUGAGCUCCACUUGCAGCCACAGCCACUUUCAGCACCUCUCCUAGUUGGAUAAACCUAGAUAUCACUGAAUCAGAGCUUUGCAUAUAGGAAACUAUGCUUUGCAAUAUAAUUCUGAAUGAGAGUGGUAGAGACAUGUUCCUCUGAAUGAAGAAGUGUCAAUAAAAAAGUGAUUUGAAUAAAAAAUGUUUGUAGUACAGUAUGUCUCUGUUAAAAUGUCUGCAACUGUUGCAUACUUAGGCUUCAUAUGGUGUUUUAAUAAAACGAAGAAACAAG